AAAGUAAAAGAAAACAGCAAUAUUAAGUAUGCAGUGUAAUAUGCCAAUUCUUAUUCACAAAACAACAAAACUAGACAAUAGCUGCUUUGUACCCUCCUCUUCUUCCGAUUAACCCCACCACCAGGACCCAUGGUGGAAUCCUCCGAACCACCGUCGAAGCGACGGUCGCCACCUGCCGGUGACGACAGAAUUAGUCAGCUUCCGGACGUGCUGCUUCUCCAAAUCCUCUCUCUUCUUCCAACCAAACAGGCAGUGGUCACUGGCAUUCUAGCGAAGCGGUGGCGGCCACUAUGGCCGGCCGUGUCGGUCCUCGACCUCGACGACGAGUCCUCUCCGGAGUCCCGCCAUGGUCCCGCGGGCUUCGCGGAGUUCGUGUACUCGGUGCUUCUACUGCACGACGCGCCGGCAAUCCAGCGGUUCAGGCUCCGGUGUGCAAACCCGAACUCCUCCGCGCGCGAUAUAGCGACGUGGCUGUGUCACGUGGCGCGGCGGAGGGUGGAGCGCGUGGAGCUCUCGCUCUCGCUCUCGCGCUACGUGGCGCUCCCGCGGCGCCUCUUUAACUGCGACACAGUUUCAGCCAUGAAGCUCAACGGCGUGUUCCUCAACGCGCUCGCCUCGUUCUCCGUGCGCUUGCCUCUGCUGAGGGCUUUGCACGUGGGGGAUAGGGUUCUGUUCGGGUGCCACGAUUACGUGGUGAAGCUUCUCGCUGGGUGCCCCGCGCUGGAGGACUUGGUGCUGGAAUCCACCUACAACGAUGCUUGCGGAGGUGUCGUUUGUGCCGAGGGUAAUUUCGAGCUUAGUUUGAAACACUUGACGCGUGCGAAAAUUGGGUUUUCGUGGAAGGAGAGGUGCCUCAAGUCCAUGCUUCUCAUUUUCCAAGCGCUUUCUCACGUUAGGUGCCUUUCGCUUUCUCCCUGUACAGUUGCGUGUUUGAAGCAUGCUUCUGGCAUUGAUAUUCCGAUGUUUGACAAGUUAACCCAGCUGGAAAUUUCAUUUGGAAGCUAUUCAUGGGAUUUGUUAGCAAACUUGCUUCAACGUUCCCACAAGCUGGAAGUUCUUGUCAUUAACAAGGAAUCACAAAAAUAUGGGAAGGGACAAGAGUCAAGGUGGAGCCAUCCACUGCUUGUUCCUGAAUGCCUUUUACAUCUCAAAACGUUUUGCCUCAGAGAAUAUCAAGGAUUGGAAACUGAGCUGGAUUUUGUAGGGUAUAUUAUGCAAAAUGCUAGAGUGUUAGAGACAAUGACUAUCUACUUAUCAAGCUCCUUAAGUUCAGAGGAAAAACUCCAAAUCCGCAGGCAUUUAUCUAUACUUCAAAGGAACUUUGAAACCUGUCAAAUUGUAUUCCAUUGAAUCAUAUUCUUGAAAGGAAAGUUCCAGCAGUUUCAAGUGCAGCAAUUCGUAAUCAUAGAAGUAUGACGUAGUCUAUUUUGAUUGGAGAGCAUUUUUGUUUCAGGGUCUUUCAGUUUGUUGUUAGUAAUGCUUUACAGUGUAUUAGUAUCUUUCUCUUGUUAUUGUGAAUACUUCUAAUUUGUCUAAUAUGACGGAAACUUGGCUGACUAAGGCACUCGUGAUGGGCUGUAACAUGAAUACCUGUCCUACCUGGGGAAUUCAUCCUGACAUGUUGCUUUGAGGGAAAAAUCUAUAACUGACAUUUUUAUUUUGCAUACUUCAAAGUUCGGAGCAGCUUUCUCUCCAGAAAUUGUGACUGCUCUGCAAGAUCUUGUAUAACGUCUACAACAACAUUUGUAAGCUGUUUUGUGGUGUUUAGUUUCUGACAUUUAUUUAAUAUAAUGGCAAUGAAUAUACCUGAAUUUUCUUAUUGUUCAAAA